GUCCAGAUGGUCUCUUAGCCCUGGAUUGCUGUAGGGCAUGUGCCCCCACUUCUUACCUCUGAGUCCUGAGGCCCUGAGGAGGGGUGGCUGGCGGCCAGCCCAGCCCAGCCCCACCCUGGUCUGUUUGUGUGGCUGGUGCCAAGAGCCAGGCCCAGCAUGUUCUUCCCGCCAAGGGUGAGUGGGAGAGGGCGGCCCAGGCUGGAUUCCAGAGCUGCACCUGCAUUCUGACCCAGAGCCCCCCUGCUGGUGCCAGCUGCAAGGGGAGACCCUGCUGAGGGCAAGCCGUCAAGUGACUUCUGCCUGCCUUCCCCCAGGGCCGCCUGCCCCGGUACCUCAUCCACCAGAGCCUCGCGGCCACCAUGUUUGAAUUUGCCUUUCACCUGCGACAGCGCAUCAGCGAACUAGGGGCUAGGGCGUGACUGUGCCCCACCCACCCUGCGGGCCAGGGUCCUGUCGCCACCACUUCCAGAGCCAGAAAGGGGGCCAGUUGGGCUUCCGCUGCCCACGUAGGACCUGGCCCCAGGUUGUCACCCUCCACCGAGCCAUGCAGUGCCUGGAGUCGACUGUCUGAGCAGGCUGUGGGGUGGAGCACUGGACUCUGGGGCUCCCCUGGCUGGAGAAAGUGGGGUCUGGCCUGCUGAUGUUUACAUGGCGCCCUGCCUCCUGGAGGAGCAGAUUGCUGUCCCCUGCCUUGCCAGGGCAGGGUCUGGGCUGGGCGCCUGACUUGGCUGGGGAGGGCCAGCGCGGGGGCAGGGCAGGGCAGGCUAGGCUGUCACCGUGUGAAGAUGAAGGGGUUCUUCAUCUGCCUGCGCUCUCGUGGGUUUUUUUAGGAUUAUUGAAAGAGUCUGGGACCCUUGUUGGGGAGUGGGUGGCAGGUGGGAGUGGGCUGCUGGCCAUGAAUCUCUGCCUCUCCCAGGCUGUCCCCCUCCUCCCAGGGCCUCCUGGGGGACCUUUGUAAUUUAAGCCAAUUAAAAAUAUGGACUCAAAAAAAAAAAAACAAUUCCAGCCCCUCCCGCUGCCUUGCCUCUUGAGGGAAGAGGAAGGCAGGCAGCAGCUUGGAUGAAGAGGGAGACCCCUCACACAACCUCUCCUGGGCUCACAGGAGGGCGGAGCCUGGGGAGCCAGUUCCUGGAACAUGCCCCCCCUUUCCUGACCUGUUCAACUGAGCAGAUGACUGGUCAGAAAAAAUGCCCCGCCCCCUGCCAGGCCUCAGCUGGGCAAGUUAAAGUCUCUAGUCCAGGAAUGGAGGUGGGGGUAUGGGCACCUGGCAGUGCUCACAGCAACCUUGACUGUGUGGCCUGAAGGUGGGGCCUGAGCUUCAGGGUCACUGAGGCAUCUCUGGGAUCCCAGCCACCUGGAGCCCCGGACCUCCCAGACGCCACUCACCCAUUGCCUCUCCUCCCACCGCACUCACACCAGGGGCAGCCUGGAGCCGGGAUCGCAGGGCGGGGCCAGGCCACUGCCCUCCUCCUCCCUCCUGGCUGGCUGCCCCCUUGCCUGCCUGCACGCAGGCUUCCAGCAGAGCCAGCUUCUUCAGAGCCAGGUGGAUCCUGUCUUGGUCCUUCCUAGGUGUGUGACCCUGGGCGAAUCUACCUCUCUCAGCUUCUGCUUCCUACUUUAUGAAAAUGUGACUGAUGUCACAGGGUUGUUAUGAGAUUAAAAGAUACGAAGAACCGGGUACAGUGCUCAGUAAUCAGUAGUCUGCAAUUCUGCACCCAGGUGGGUGCCCAUGGGCCUUACCUGCUCCUGGGUACUCUGCUGUCCCCACGGGGUCCUGAGCUCAGCCCCUGUCACUGCCUCUCCUGCUGCCCUUUGCUUUGUCCACUCGGCAAUGUUCUCACUCAUCCCCCCACGCCUACCACCUGUGUGCCAGCUUCUUGGACCAUGAGUUGCCACUCCUGGGGUGCUGGACUGUCCCCACAGCCAUCUGUCUCCCCUGCUCCCCAUGAAGGAGAGCCAGUCCCCUCCCAGGUAGCACAUCAGAGCUGGCAGGCUCCAGAGGUCUUCUGGUCCUCUUGUAGUGGCCAGAAAGUGGGGAAAGGGGCCCAGAGAGGGGCAGGAACUGACACAUGGUCACACAGGCUAUUUAUGGCUGAUCUGGAGCUGGAGCCAGGCCUUCUGUCAUCCAUCAGAGCCCCUGGAUUUCCAUUUCACCCAACACAGGGUGUUGGGGUAGAACCAGAGGCCCCCUUCACCCCUACUGUCCUGUCUCGUAAGAUCACUUAUCUGACCACCAGCUGUGGGGAAGGAAAACACUUGACCAAAGCUUAUGCCCCAGGUUCCCAGGUGUGGAAUUGACUUCCUGUGCCCCUGCUGGUGUGGUGAGGGUGACUGGGGACGAGGCACUAGGCCUUCGGUGCAGGCGCCUGAGGACGUGGUUGCACUGUCCCUUCUGGGGAUGUGCCCUUGAGCCCAGGCAGAGGAGAGCACAGCCAGGGCAGGACCUGGCAGCCCUGGUACAGAGCCCAGAGGGGGCAUCAGUUCCUGCUGGUCCUGUUCUGUUUACAGACAAGCUGCUGUCCUCCCUGCAAAGGGGAGUGGGUGGGGCAGAGGGCAAGUGCCAGGGGGGCACGAGGCUGGGCAUGUGGCUGGCCUGAGACGGUGUCUGAGUAAUGUCAGGCACCUGGAGGCAUAGGGCCCUGGACCCCAGACCUCUGACCAGGGAGCAGCCAGCGUCCAGGUACCCUAACCCCUGCCCUGGGUGCGGCGUCCCCCCAUUAGUGUGUCUCGGCUCUGCUUAUAGCAUCUGACACCAGAGGGGCCGAAAAUAGCCCCUGGAGAAGGGGGAGGAGGGGGCUAUUUAAAGGGCCUGGGAGGGGAGAGGGAGUGAGGAGUGAUCAUGGCUACCUCAGAGCUGAGCUGCGAGGUGUCCGAGGAGAACUGUGAGCGCCGGGAGGCCUUCUGGGCAGAAUGGAAGGAUCUGACACUGUCCACACGGCCUGAGGAGGGCUGCUCCCUGCAUGAGGAGGACACUCAGAGACAUGAGACCUACCACCAGCAGGGGCAGUGCCAGGCGCUGGUGCAGCGCUCGCCCUGGCUGGUGAUGCGGAUGGGCAUCCUCGGCCGUGGGCUGCAGGAGUACCAGCUGCCCUACCAGCGGGUACUGCCACUGCCCAUCUUCACCCCUGCCAAGAUGGGCGCCACCAAGGAGGAGCGCGAGGACACCCCCAUCCAGCUGCAGGAGCUGCUGGCGCUGGAGACAGCCCUGGGUGGCCAGUGUGUGGACCGCCAGGAGGUGGCUGAGAUCACCAAGCAGCUGCCCCCUGUGGUGCCUGUCAGCAAGCCUGGUGCCCUUCGUCGCUCCCUGUCCCGCUCCAUGUCCCAGGAAGCACAGAGAGGCUGAGAGGGACUGUGACUUGGGCUCCGCUGUGCCCGCCCUGGGCUGGGCCCUUCCUGGCUAGGACUGUGGAGGGGAGCUGCUGGCCAUGGCUGCUUUGUAGUUUGCCCAGAGUUGGGGGUUAGGGGAGGAGGGAGCCAGAGGCCAGGAUGCCUGAGCCCCCUGAGUUCCCAAAGGGAGGGUGGCAGAGACGGUGGGCACUAAGGGUGGAGAGUUGGGGGCCAGCACAGCUGAGGACCCUCAGCCCCAGGAGAAGGGACAAAAGAUACUGGUGAGGGCAAGAGGUGCCUGGGAGGAGUGGCCCUGAUCCAGGAAAAUGUGAGGGGAAUCUGGAAUGCUCUAGGCAGAAGAAGCUGGGAGGGAGGGGGAGGUGAAGAGGGCAGAGGCAAGGAUGGUGGGGCCCCCAGCACCUUCUGUUAGUGCCGCAAUAAAUGCUCAAUCAUGUGCCAGA